UUUUGGUACCGAAUCGAUUUGAAACGUAAUAUGAAUGGGAUUAUUCGCUGUAUUUUGUAAAAAAUUUUGUGAUUCUUUUACCGAACCGUGCUUUAUCGAAUCGCGAAAUUCUUAAAUCAAGCCUUUAAAUGCAACGAAUAGAACCAUUUUUCUCUACAAUAAAUUGAACAAAAAUAGAGUUGAAUAAGGCAAACUUGCACUUGAAAUUGAUGAAUAGACUUAAGCUUUUUCUGCCGCAUGCUAAUUUCAAGGCCUGAUCAGUGUUUACACAGUUUCAGCAGGUACAGCCCUGGGGCUCCGCCAAAAAUAGCAGAUGACAGUGUGCUCCUCGGUUGUGCUUGACCCGGUGUUGUCUGCCAGAGCUUGGCGUUUGGGACUUGCUGCGUUUUUUCGACGAAUGUGUGCCACACAUAGACAGAAUAGCCGUAACUAGUUGAAACGAAAAUUGAAAAAAAGAAAUUUGAACCUACUGCGAACGAAUAAUUGAAGAUAAAAAAUACGACAAUUUCGGUAAUUAAGAUUAAGGAAGAUAAAAAAACGAAAAAAAAAAGAAAUGGCAGAAACCUCGGAAUUCGGGCCGAGAAGGACGAUUUUCAUUCUCGCAAUCGUUGCUGGAUGUUUUGCAGUUCUUUGGCCAAGGAUUUUUUAUCCUAUGAUCACUUCUUCUGUCAUCUCACAUCCAGCACCUUCUGACGGAUCUGCUUGCUGUGAUGUAAUUUUUGAGAGCGAUGUUAACGUGGUGGACAUCAUGCAAGAAAUGUGCCAAAACAUCGUUACACAUCAUCAGGUCGACCCCCGGGUCCGAGAUGCCUUGAGGACAACCAAACUAACGCCUCAGAGCAUCAGUUUAUGCCACGAAGAGGUGCUUGCAAGAUGUGGUAUAGACUUGUCUUCUUUCUUAGCAGAAAAAGAAAGGCUGGGCAAAUCUUAUAAGCAAGUAUUGGAAGAGAUUAGGUCUUUCAACAGUUCUGUCUGCUUGAAACUGAAUUUCGGAGUACCUUUAUCGCAGCUGGGAACGCCGCAUCUCAUAAGAUAUCACAUACUGAUGCCCCAUAGCAUUAUAAAACAAGAACGGCGAACACCCCCGCAUGCCGGUGGGCUUCACCCGGCAAUGCGAGAACGUGGAAGAGCUAUUCCUUCUUCACAUAUUGUUCCGAAGAUAACUGAUAGACCUGAUCACGUUGCUGUGCCAAAAAUGAGACCACCAAUGGGUGGUGCUGGACACGUUGUACCACCACCAAAAGGAAAUGGCACGAUGGGAAUUAUUAUGCCACUUUACACUCUUGGCAUCGUUUUGUUCUUUCUCUACACAAUCGUCAAGGUGCUACGAAAAAACACUGACAGCGACGUACCGAACGAUUACCCGGUGGCUGCAGCUGAAACCGAAUUCAGAAAAAUGGUAUUUAGUCCAGAAACUUUAACAAGUGCUGUCACAGGAACCCUGUAUAGACAAAAAAAAGAGAGAUCUCCUUCAGUGCCUAGACCCGCACCAACUUUAGAAGAAUUGAAGGCUCAAGCAGCAGGAGACAUAGAGAUAGAUCAGCUCAGGCAACGGCUGGUCGAAACAGAGGCAGCGAUGGAACGAAUUGUCGCUCAGAUGGGCAAUUUAUCACGUUCUGUAACGCAUAGUCCGAGCCCACAGCCCGAGGCAAAGGAAACUAUAGCAUACACCCAAGUUGAAGUAAAUGGCGAUAAGGAAAUGGAAAAUAUCGAUGAAUCCUCACCGACAGUCAAAGUUGUGGGAAUGGAAAUGACUGCUAGUUGCAAAGAUGGGCAGAAGUGGAGUCGACCUAGUACUCCGGUGGUACCAGCAGUUCAGAGCCACUCGGAACAGGACAAGAUACCCCCGAAGCCGAUCUAUCUUGAAGGAGCAUUACCAUCACAGUGCGAGCUUCUAGUGACGGAUUCUGAGACGCAAGCUGAGGAAUCCAACGUGGACGUACAAGCGCCGAUAGUUCUUUCCGGCAAAAUGACUCUUUCUCUCAUCAGUCUCGAUCAGAUAUCAUCUAAUCCUGGGAGUGAUGAUGAAGUCAAAGUGAAUGGGGUCGAUGCCACAACCUGUUUGAACGACAAACAAAAUGGAAAAGGAGGAGGAAUUCAUGAUGCUGAAGUCGCGGUUAAUAAUGUACAAAUAAAUGACAUUGAAGGAGCUAGGGGUAAGGCAAUACCAAAGGAAGAAAUUGAAGAAGCGGGGGAAGUGGAUGAAUAUGAAGAGUACAGAGCAGAAGAAGAGAAUAGUGAGGGAGAAGAAGAGGUGGUGGAGGAAGAUGAGGAAGAGGAAGAAGAGGUGGAGGAAGAAGAGGUGGAAGAAGAGGAGGAGGAGGUAGAUGAGGAUGAGGAAGAGGAAGAGGGUGGGGUGGAGAAAAACGAAAAAAUAAUAAAAUGAUGAGGAACAUAAAAUAUUACUCAAAUAAGUGAAACGUUUAGUAAUUCCGAGAAAGUUAACUUACCAAGUCAAUACGUUUAACCCGUAAAUGGUCGUGGAGAUGAAUAAAAUUUUUUUAUAAGAUAUGGUAGGUGGUUAGAGACAUGAAGUUUGAAACAUAUGCGUCUGAAAUUGUAUCUUCAAACUUGGUAUGUAUUAACUGGUAAUAAUUAGACCAAUAUGACCUGUUGGAAAAAACGCUAAAUUUGAUGUUUUAUUGAUGAAGUGGUAGCCAUAAUAAAUUUCCAACAUCU